CUCUGAAGCCGCAAUAUCAUCUUGCGUAAGUCAAUAACCCAGGCUGGACAGUCUCCAUACCCAAUGAUCGAGCACCAACAGCAGCUGGCUUUACUAACGCAUGCCUAGUGUCCCAAAGAGAAUUCCCUGUCCCUACAUCCGAGCAAGUUGUCCUCUACGAUCCUUUUCUCACUCUUCGAAUAUGUUCCAAAAUCACGACAAUUUCGAAAAAGUUCAGGCAUCUCGGCCAGAUUUCAAUCGGGACAUCCCCGUCACUUUUUCGAAGCCUCCCAAGCCCGAUUGGAAGGAGGGAGACGGAGGCAACGAUGGAGGCGAGAGUCUGAAGAAGAACCAUGUGCAAAUUGACCCGUACGAGGAAGGGCGCCCCGUGGCUUCUAAUUACAAACUUCUCAUCUCCGGGAUGGUUCCCAGACCCAUUGCGCUCAUCAGCACGAAGUCCAAGGAUGGGAAGACAGCCAAUCUUGCCCCGUUCAGUUACUCACAGGUUAUCAACCAUGAUCCUCCACUCUUUAUUGUGGGCUUUGUUGGCUCCCUUGACAAGGCGAAAGAUACCCUGAAGAAUCUGGCGGAGACCGAGGAAUGUGUGAUCAAUAUCAUUUCGGAGCACUUCGUGGAAGCGGCCAAUGCGACUGCCAUCAAUGCUCCCUAUGGCGUAUCGGAAUGGGAGGUCUCGGGAUUACACCAAGAGCCCAGUACCAUUGUCAAACCAGCUCGGGUCAAAGAGUCCAUCAUGUCCAUUGAAGGGAAGCUUGUCGAGACCAAGGAGUUUGAAAGCCGAACGACACCGGGAAAGAAGUCCAGUGUCCUCGCGAUUAUUGAAGGUGUCCGGUUCUGGGUUCGGGAUGAUGCCAUCAAUGAGGAUAAGAGUAUUGUCGACCUCAAGGUUCUCAAGCCCAUCAGUCGCCUGGGGGGCAUUUCAUACGGGCGGACUACCGAUGCGUUUGAGAUCCCUAGACCGCAAUUCUAGAUGGUAUGGAAAGUAAAGUCCAGUGACUUAGGUGGGAGAUCUAAAGGUUCCUCGGGUGAUGCUCAUUGUUAUAGCAGCCAGAGGCAUGAUAGAAUGAUCGAUAGAAUUUUUCACAAUAGAGAG